AUGGAGCACUCUAGCGCAGGAGACAACUCUGAACCGGCCAACACCACACCCAACACCUCUCCUCCAGGUCCCCCUACUGAAGUUCCGCAUGCUGCAGAUCCGCCAGAAACACAAGAGUCUCAGAUCCCUGCUCAGGCUCCCGCCAACACUCAACCCUCUACCGCAACCACCGUCACUCCAGCUGACUGGUGGGUCUACCAGAUCCCUGGUGUGGUGUGCUGGGUGGUUGUUCAUUUGUUCCUCCCCUCCGAGGCCCACGCUUACUCCCCGCCCGUCGCCUUCGCUCCAUCCCCUCCAUCGCCCACGCCCACUCCCUCGCGUCGUCUUCGCUCAUUCCCCUCCGUCGCCCAUGCUCACUCCCUCCCGUCGCGUUCGCUCACUCUCCUUCCGCCCUCCACGCGCACUCCCUCCCGUCGCGUUCGCUCACUCCCCUUCCGCCACCAACGCGCACUCCCUCCCGCCGCGUUCGCUCACUCCCCUCCAGUCGCGACGGUCCCACGCUCUCUCCUCUCCGUCGCGCACGCUCACUCCCCUUCCGUCGCCCACGCUCAAUCCCUCCCGUCGCCCACGCUCACUCCCUCCCAUCGCCUUCGUCCAAUCCUUCUCGUCGCCCACGCUCACUCCCUUCCCAUCGCCCACACUCACUCCCUUCCCAUCGCCCACGCUCACUCCCUUACCGUCGCCCACGCUCACUCCCUUCCCAUCGUCUUCGCGCAAUCCUUCCGUCGCCCACGCUCACUCCCUCCCGCCGCGUUCGCUCACUCCCCUCCCGUCGCGACGGUCCCUUCCGUCGCCCAGGCUCACUCCUUUCCCAUCGCCUCUGGUCAAUCCUCCCGUCGCCCACGCUCACUCCUUUCCCAUCGCCUUCGCGCAAUCCUUGCGUCGCACACGGCCAAUUCCCUCCCGUCGCACACUGCCGCCCGCGCUCGCCUUUUUCAUCUCCUCCCAUUCUCCCAAAUCAUCUCCGCGCGUCCGCCCUUUUCGUAUCCUCACCCCAUCUCCUCCUCUCCCCGUCCCCUCCUCACUCCAUCUCCUCCGCUCCCCGUCCCCUCCUCACUCCAUCCCUCAUCUCCCCAUCCCUCACCUCCCCAUCCCUCACCUCCCCCUCCCCCACCUCCCCAUCCCUCACCUCCCCAUCCCUCACCUCCCCAUCCCUUUCCUCCCCAUCUCUCCUCUCCCCAUCCCUCCUCUUACCAUCCCUCUUCUCCCUAUCUCUCCACUCCCCAUCCCUCCUCUCCCCAUCCCUCCUCUUACCAUCCCUCCUCUCCCCAUCCCUCCUCUUACCAUCCCUCCUUUCCCCAUCCGAACCUCUCCCCAUCCGGUCCUCUCCCCAUCCGUCCUUCCCCCAUCCCUCCUCUUACCAUCCCUCCUCUCCCCAUCCCUCCUCUCCCCAUCCCUCCUCUUACCAUCCCUCCUUUCCCCAUCCGAACCUCUCCCCAUCCGAUCCUCUCCCCAUCCGUCCUUCCCCCAUCCCUCCUCUUACCAUCCUUCCUCUCCCCAUCCCUCCUCUUACCAUCCCUCCUUCCCCCAUCCGAUCCCCUCCCCAUCCGUCCUUCCCCCAUCCGAUCCCCUCCCCAUCCGUCCUUCCCCCAUCCGAUCCUCUCCCCAUCCGUCCUUCCCCCAUCCGAUCCCCUCCCCAUCCGUCCUUCCCCCAUCCGAUUCCCUCCCCAUCCGUCCUUCCCCCAUCCGAUCCCCUCCCCCUCUCCUCCAGCUCUGUGGGCAGAUGGUGGCGGGCAGAGUCGCCCAGCAGAGGCCUACGUGGUGCUGCGGGGGUCCCUUUCCCCCGUCCUUCCAACCUCUCUUCUUCCCUUCAUCACUCCCUCUCUUCCUGCAUUCCUCCCUUCCGCCCUCCCUCACAUCCUUCGUUUUCUGGAUGAACUCCCAUCCUUUUUUCGUCCUUGCAUCCAUUCCUCUGUUCUUCCCUUCGUCCAUCCUUCCCUUCCUCUGUUCCUCCCUUCAUCCAUCCAUCCUUCCAUCCGUCCCUCCCGUCGUCUGUUCCUCCCUUCCUCCCUACAUCCCUUCCUGUUUGCUCCGCGCUUCACCUCCCCCUCUCCUCCCUCUCCCUCCGUUCCCCAUCCUUCCAUUCCCCAUGCCUACUUCCGUCCAGAGUUUCCCUCAGUGGGAGGCUCCUUCUCAGCCACAUGGCAGCUGAGGCAGACGUGGUGCUGCUGGAGUCCCUUCCACCCGUCCUCCCAACCUCUCCUCCUCCCUUCAUCACUUCCUUCCUGCAUUCCUCCCUUCUGCCAUCCCUCACGUUCUUCAUUUUCUGAUGUUUUUUUUUCUCCCAUCCUUUUUUCCUCCCUGCAUCCCUUCAUCUGUUCCUCCCUCCCUUCAUCCAUCCAUCCUUCCCUUCCUGUGUUCCUCUCUUCCUCCCUACGUCCCUUCCUCCGCAUCACCCUCCCUCUGUCCCUCCCUUCCCCUGGUCGUCCUUCUGUUUGUCUCCUACCGUAA